AGUUGGAACAGAAACAGUGAGUGCAUGGAGAGGAGACUGCUCAUCCGUUUUAGAAAGCUGGACACCACUUGUGAUCAAGAGGAAAGUAGCCAUGUCGGAGGGCAAAGCAAAGAAGGAAGCUCCUGCUGCUGCCUCAGCUGAAUGCCCUGUAUGUUAUGAGACAUUUCAGUCUCCGGCCGUAUCGCGUCGGACACUGAGCUGCGGGCACAUCUUUUGCCAUGACUGUUUGGUCAAGUGUUUUCUAGCCUCCCAGGCCGAUGGUCGGUACCAUAACAGCCUUGUGUGCCCCAUCUGUCGCUUUAUCACUUUGCUCUGCCGAAAGAGGACCUGCUGGCCUUCGAAGCCAGACCCAAGUGCUCAGUCACUAGAGUUGCCACUGUCGCCCUCUUUAUUAUCCUGUGGAGUACCUUUGGGGUCUGCAAAUACUUUGGUGGUGCCUGGCCAUUUCCUGAUGUCAUUGCAUGGUUAUAAUGGAUACCAGAGCAUGUGUGGCUGCCCUAAUAUGAACUCGAUGGUGCUUCCUCCUGGCUUGGAGCGGGAACCCAGCAUUUUCGUUAUCAGUCAAUGUGGAAUGCCAUUGAUUGAAGAGAACUGUACUCCUACGGCUCCAGACAGCAGGGUGGAAGUUCCGAUAUCAGUGGAGUCCCAGAGUUCUCUAGGGGUGGGCUGCUUCCGCUCACCCAUCAUGAUGGCAAUUUUCCUUAUCUCUGCGGUUGCUCUGUUGGGGGCAGUGCUUCCCUGGCUGUUGCUUGUGAAGAAGAAUGAAUGA